ACCGCCUACCUGAGCUCAGUGGACGUGGCGAAUCAGGUGACAGCUGGCGAAAAGAUGAGCACUUCCGACAAGGACCCAAUCUUCCAGCAGGGCCCUGCCGCUCCGCUCUGCGACCUGCGGGGGCUUCCCCAAGCCUGCGUGCCGGAGCGGAUGUCUGGGCUCACUGAUCAGGAAUGUGCAGAUGUUCGACUCGCGCAGGCUGCCACCCGUGGAGAGUUGAAAGACCUGCAGCAAGCCAUCCGCUCUGGCGCAAGGGUCGAUACGCGAGCAGAGAUGCACAUCGCCAUGGGUGAUGCGGGCAAUGCCAAGCCUGGCAAACGGACUCCACUGAUGCGGGCCUGUGCCAGCGGACAUUUAGAGGUUGUGAAGGCAUUGUUGAUGUCCGGCGCCAGCAUGUGGCGCGUGGAUAGUCGCGGCUGGACGCCCUUGUGCUAUGCCUUGGCCAAUGGAGAGUGGAGCAUCGCUGGACACAUCCUUUCAGAAGCGGGCAAUCAUCGAGACAGGCAGGUAAAGAUGGCCUUAGACCAUCGUUUUGAGAUUAUCGACUACUGUGAAGAAUUCACCGGAAGUAAUGAGGCAGAUCAACUUCGUCUCUGGGUCGAGUCUCCCGGAGAUUCGGAUUUCGUAGCACUGCCUGGAACUUGUGGAGACCAUCCUGAAACGGGAAGGAUGGUGUGACUGUGAGGUCUCGUGGCCGGCGAAAUGAGUUGGCGUGGUGCCAGUGGUGGGAUAAACUUCCGAAGUGAGGAUUU